UGAGAGACCGCCGUCAAUCGCCGCUGGCAGGCCCCCAUCGCAUCCGAGGCUAGGCAGCAUUUAGUUACCCACAGUGGCCCAUCGCCAUGCCGUCCCGGUCUUGGACCCAGUGGUUUAAUUCCAAAGCGGACCCCGAAGCAGCGGAGCCUGCUGGGACCCAUUGUAAUAAGAACUCGACCCGUAACCAUACGUCGCCUACCCACAGCGAUUCGCCUUCCCCUCUCGACCACUCGCCGCGCUCGCCCUCUCCAACGCCUCAACCGGCCACUCCUUGCUUGGCUGUGCUUGGCCACACUGUUACAUCUCAGCAGGUUGCCUUUGCGGGCCCGGCCCAGAAAUAUCCACCGCGUGCUUCGUCUCCCGCCAUUGCCGGCGGCCAGGACGAUUUCGACUACUCUUACACCACCGGUCGCAUCACCAACAUCGCUGACGCUGCCGAUACCGAUCUCGCCCUCGACAUCGACACCAAAGACGUAGACAUGACGACCGGCCCCGAUUUCGGCUCGGCCACUGGCCGCAGCCGUCAGGACUCAUUCGUCAGCGCCGGUGCGAAGCCCAUCUCCAUGACCAAUCCGAAUCGCGAACACGCAAAUCGCGCUCGCCGCGAGAGUCUAGCUGGGAGCCUGAUGGGAGGCAUGAGUUGGGGCGGUAUCUCAGUCGGCAGUUUCAUCCGUGAAGACAUGAUGAUGACGGGAACCUCACCGUACAUCAAUAACCAAUCCUCGUCUUUUCAAUCUUCCUCGUAUAUUCCUAGGCUAGAGGCAAGCUUCAUGCGCGACUUCACAUGUUGCGACCAGCGGUGGCCGACGCUGCACGACCUCCUCCAGCACUACGAGGAACAUCACCACCCGACUACGACGCCCAACACCUCAAAAGAUGCCUUCGGUGCGACCCAACCAAAUUCUCGCGCUACAAGCCGCGCGGGCUCCGUCGCGCCUUCCGCAGGCAGGACACAGCAGGCUUCGCAAUCGUUACAUGGUUUUCCGCAGCAGCGGCAGGCUGGUUCCGGCAUGGGCGUCGGCGGGAUCGGGCAGAUGAUGCGCCAGCAGCAGCAACAGCAAAAACAACAACAAGCGACGGGGUCCUCCCAGAAAGCCAACGCCUUGUCGUCUCACAUGAACGACGAGAUGGAUACGGUCGGCGACAUGGAAAUGGACGAAACGGUUGGCCCAAUGGACAUGGACGACAACACGCGCACCAUUCAAGCGACCCGCGAGCUUUUCGGUCAACAACAGAGGCCCCAGCUGCACCUGAAUAGUUCCGGUCUUCCUCACCAAGCACUCCGCACCUCCCAGCCCCCCACACCAGCUGCCGUCAGCUUCGGGUUCCAGAACAACCCGACCGUCUCGUCGGUCAACACACCGACCUUGACGACACAGCAGCAGGGAGUGCCGCAACGCGGACAACAGUUUGGGCAGGAUGGGAACGGUGACGAGGACGAAGAGAUUGCCGGCAUGCCUAUGAAGAUGAAUCUUGGCAACAUGAACUUGGGCGGCUCGCAACUCGGAGGGUUAGCGUUCGGCGCCUUGGGCACGAUCGACGAUCCCGCCAAGCGUCUGUAUAGUCCCGGGGGCACAAAUCAGAUGACUAGCCAACAGCGAGCCUUGGACCAACAGAUGCAGUUGCAACAACAGUUGCAGCAGCACCUGCAAGCCAUGAACCUUGACCUCAGCCAGUUCCCGCCCGGCACCGAUCCUGCCCUCAUCCUGCAGCAGAUGACGGCUCUAAUGAUGCCGCCUGCCGAGGAGCACAAGCCCUUCAGGUGUCCCGUUAUCGGGUGCGAAAAGGCGUACAAGAACCAGAAUGGAUUGAAGUAUCACAAGACCCAUGGGCAUUCAACUCAGCAGCUGCAUGAGAACGGCGAUGGUACCUUCUCUAUCGUCAACCCAGAGACUAGUACUCCUUACCCGGGGACGUUGGGGAUGGAGAAGGAGAAGCCCUUCAAGUGCGAAGUUUGCGGAAAGCGCUACAAGAAUCUGAACGGCUUGAAAUAUCACAAACAACAUUCGCCCAUGUGCGAUCCCGACAUAAGGGCGCAUCAUCAGUCGAUCCUGACGUCGAUGAUGCAGAACCCCGCCGCUUUUCUCGCGCUCCAACAAGGCUUGCCCAACAUCAACGAGGAUGCGAUGCUCUAGCAGGGCGAUCAAUGCCCAGCAUAACAGUCUUCUCCAGGCGUUGCGCGCUCCUGGCCGGACUGCCGUCGGGAUGCCGUUACAUGGCAUCCGAACCAAAACAAACCUGCCAAAACAAACCCGCCUCCUUCACCCGCGAACACGAGACCCGCAUUUGCAACAUAUAGUUC